AUGACUUUAUUGAAAUGCUAUUUGAGUCAUUUCGCCAAUCGAUUAAUACGUCAAAUUCGUUACAAUGAAGCGUGUGUUCAUGUAAAAUUAGUACGUCAGCAUCGUCGUCAUUUAUUAUCAAAACAGCAAAUAGUCGAUGUUUAUCCACAAAUCAUUGUUGACGUUCCUAAAAUAUCAUUGAAUCGAAUUCAAUUAGAUUAUCUUUCCAAAAGUGUUGAUUAUGAAAAGAAAGCAGAAGCUUAUCGACAAAAAGCUGGUGCAUAUAUUGAAUUAGAUUUUAAUCCAUUAUGGAGUGUAUUUGAUAAAGCAGGAACAUCAUUGAGGCCUAUUGUAUCAUCAAUGAAUAUGCCAAAAAUAGGAAUUUCAAAGUUUUCGAACAAAUUAAUACGGCCGAUAUUUGAUAAACAUGCGCCUUCAACCACAAUUAUUGAUGGAGUUGAUUUGAUUCAUCGUUUAGAAGCAUACACAACAAAUGGGUAUCUCAAACCUAAAACUUAUUUGUGCACGUUUGAUAUUACAAAUUUAUAUACGAUGUUACCACAAGAAGAAUCACUUGAUAUUUUAAUUGAAUUUAUCCUUCAACAUGGCUAUCAAAAAGUUCAAAAUAUUCCAAUCGAUAUUAUUCGAAAGUUAGCUCUUAUCAUCAUUAAAGAAAACGUUUUUUGUUUAUGA